AUGCCCUCUCCUUCAAUGCGUAUGCGAAAGCUCGCCCUUGUUUUCGGAAGCAUAUCUGCAGGCUGGGCUUGGUGGCUUCAGAGUUUGAAGACCAAUGCGAUUACUACUCCAUACCCAAACUGGUGGUAUCUCUAUAACAUCUUCUCGCUAGGUGGCUGGUCUGCUUUUAUAAUCUACUACACCAUGAUCAACUCCAACCGAGAGAAAACUCCAGGUCCUAAGCCCCAUGAGCUGUGGAAUUUUCUUCACAUCGUUCCAAUGCUACUCCUCAACGCUACUAUCACCAAGAGCCUGUCUGUUAAGGACAAAGGACUACUUUGGUUUGCGGCCUUGAUGGUAUACCGAUACUACCGCACUAUUCUCACUGUGUACUUCUACUUUCGAUACGAGAUAGCCUUGGAGCCUUCUCCUCAGGAUCCGGAGUCCAAACCAUCAGACUGCACCGUAAUCGUACCAACAGUCGGCCCUGCGAUGAACUCAGUUUUCGAGGACAUGGUUGCAGCAAUUCUUUGGAACAAACCAAAGCAGCUCCUGUUCUCUGCGAACAAGCCCGAAUCGCAAGCAGAUAUCGAGACAGAGGUUAGGAAGAUAGUUGCAGCCUUCAGAAACGGCGACACCACUUACCAGAAAGAACAUAAACUAGGGCCGCCGGGGUGGCAUCUAGAGACGGUCACGAAGAUUGGAUAUACAUUCAUAAAUGACUCCAACAAGCGCAAGCAGACCAUGAAGGCUAUAAAACUAGUGGAAACGAAGAUCACGAUCAUGGUCGACGACACUGCCAUCUGGCAUCCAAAGUUCUUGAACGCAACUCUUCCAGCUUUCAUCGACAAAGACGUCGGCCUCGUUGGUACGCGAAAAGUGGUGAAGUAUAUUCGCCCUAACCGUGACGCUAAUGUGAGCCUCAUGCAGCACUACAGUGCAUGGUAUUGGGCCGGUCUCUGGAACACAAUUGGCGCGCUGUAUCUUCAGCGUCAUAACUACGAGAUUCGAACAUCCAACGCCGCUGAUGGUGGUGUAUUUACGGUAUCUGGUCGAACCCUUCUCAUCCUGACUGGAAUAGUACAGGAUGAUCACUUUGAAGACAAAUUCUUGAACGAGUACGUCCUCAAGUGCAUCUUUACCUGGCUGACAAGACUCGUCAAGUGGCACGUCCCCUUCGCAGACCAACUACUCGCUUACUUUAAGGGAAAUGGCCUAUCGGAAAAUGGAUUCGGACCUCUUCUUGCGGAUGAUGACAAUUUCAUCACACGAUGGGUCAUUGACCAUGGAAAGAGCAUCAAAAUCCAAUCCUCACCCGAAACAACCAUAACUACGGUGUUAGGAAAUGUGGAGAAUUUCAAAUUCUUAGACCAAUGCAAGCGCUGGAGUCGCACGACCUUCCGGCAAAAUCCGAUCGCUCUCUUCAGCGAUCGCACAAUCUGGUGGAAGUGGCCCAUCUCGGUGUGGACAGUGUACUUCCCCUGGAUGUACAACUUCGCAGCGGUUUGGGAUUCCUUGGCAAUCAUCACUUUUCGGCGAUCAGGGCUGUACCUUGACUCCCCCAAUGGAAACAUGCGGCUCUUUUUCCUGGUCUCGUUUAUAUGGCUGACCAAGCUUAUCAAGACCUUUCCAUGGUUCUUAGAGCAUCCUUACGACUUCUUGCUGUACUUCUGCCCUAUCCCCACCUAUCCCUUGUUUGGAUACUUCCAUUCGUAUGUCAAGGCUAGAACAAUGGUUACUUGUUGGAAUAACGAGUGGUCUGGCAGGAACUUGGAGAAGGUAGAGGCUGUUGCAGGAAUCGUGUCAGAACGCAAGAAGGCUGAUGAUGUUGCGGAGCUUUAA